GGCCACCGUAGCUGUUGUAAGUAUCUGAAUGCUUUUUCCUCCUCUAAGUGCUGUAUUCUUAUUUUUCAUGUCUUCUUAAAACCUUAAAAGCCCAAACAGUACAACAGCGUGGUCACAUCCUGUCUGACGGGUGGUUGUCACCGCCCCUGCGGUACGCCCAAGGACAACAAAUCAAGCAUCCUCUCUGCGAAAGAAACGGCUGGAAAACACUUCCGGGUGUCUUUGACUCGUCCUGACUUUAACUCGGGAACUUUGUGCACGGAGUUUGGUCCAGUUUGUCACGGCUAGAUAUGAAGAGUUGGAGGAACAGCAGACAGCAGGAGACGAAGUGACGGUCACACGAAGAAAGAAGAAGUUUGUUUUCAACGCUGUGAAGGAGAGAGAAGACGACGAGAAGUGGGAGGAGUGAGAUGAUGGAGGUGGCGGAGCAGAGAGGAGGCGUCACAGAAAAGGAGGAGACUCCUCCGAGGGAGGCAAACAGUAACUGCAACCACACUGACAACAGCGUCGCUUCCUGUCCAGCCGAGGCCACACCAGAGGUUGCCAUGGAAACGGAACAGAGCAAAGACGUCCCAGUGACACCACAGAAACCAGGACCUGUGGUUGUUCAAGCCAACAACAAAAACCCGGCCACUGAAAAGCUGGAGAAAGUCCGCAAGUGGAGCAUCACCACCUACAAGUGCACCAGGCAGGCUCUGUCAGAAAAGCUUGGCCGUGGAUCUCGUACAGUGGAUCUGGACCUGGAGCCUCGCCUCGAGCUGCUCAAAGACGACCGACUGCGCUACGAAAACGUCACCAAGCUGGCUCAGACGCUGGCCAAUCAGCUCGCUCAGUUUACAGUUACCCAGAAGACACUGGGGGACGCCUUCACUGAGCUCAGCCUCAAAACACCAACACUGCAUGUGGAGUUCGGUGUGAACGCAGAGGCUCAGAGGUUUCUGUCAAAGAGCGGCGAGACUCUGACGGCGGCCAUUAACGGCUUCACAUCUGACAUGAACACACUGGUCAACAAAACAAUCGAGGACACCAUGAUCAGCGCCAAACAGUACGAAGCCGCCAGGAUCGAGUACGAUGCGUACCGGGUCGACCUGGAGGAGCUGAACCUGGGACCUCGGGACGCCGUCACUCUGCCCAAACUGGAGCUGGCCCAGAAAGACUUCCAGAACCAGAGGGAGAGGUACGAGAGGAUCAGGGACGCCCUGUCCGUCAAAGUUAAGCUGCUGCAGGAAAACAAGGUUAAAGUCCUCCAUAACCAGCUGUGGCUGCUUCACAGCGCCGUCGCUGCUCACAGUUUAUCGUGUCAGAGCUUCCUGGAGCAAAACAUCCAGCAGGCCACCGAACACCUCAACAACCCCAGCGUAGACGCCCCCUCCUGGCUGGAGAGUUGACCCAUCAUGGCAAGUGGACGGAUGUUGGGUUCAGCAGAUGUUUUGGUAUAAAUGGACGCUACUGGGGGGAAAAGUCAGAGUGAGGCUUGUUUUGGGAAUUGUGGACUCAAAAAGUUGGGAUGGAUGUGAAAUUUGGGAUAGUUCGGUCGGUAGGUAGUUUAUUUAUAUUCCAGUUUGUGGGUUAGGGAUCGAUUUCCAACCUCUGGAAAACUUCCCUGGAGUUAGAUAGUUCAGAGGGAAAUUGAUUAUUCUGGAUGUUGAAUGAGCUCCUGCAGGUCUGGAAAGACAUUUGAAAGGUGGAAUUUCAUCACUUUCCGGGUCUCAAAAUGUUAUGGAUAAAAAAAUUUAGAAAGGUUUUGAAAAAAUGAGGUUAUUAUUUUGAACUCUUGACAUAUUUAGGACAAGAAUUAUCUCUCUUUCUAUACUAUAGAUUCAGAGGCAUACAGUACUUGUGACUUUUGACCUGUUUAACAGAGACACAUAUAUACCCCU